AUGGCCCCCUCUCGGUCCAGAGAAAGGAUCGUGAUAGUUGGGGCUGGCAUCAUUGGUCUAAAUGUCGCCCUCGUCCUCGCCGAACGCGGCUUUGGAGAUAGCAUCACGGUGGUAGCCACGCAUCUUCCGGGUGAUACCGCACCUGGAUACACCUCGCCUUGGGCCGGAUGCAACUUCUCAGCUAUAUCUGGCCGAGACAAAAAUGCAUUGCGGUGGGAUAAGUUGGGCUAUGCUCAUUUAUCCAAGCUUGCUUCCCGGGGUUCUUCUGAGACCUUUGUCCGUCGUGCUCCCUCCUUUGAGUACUGGGAUGAUCAAGUCCCACACGAGAAGAUUAAGGAUAUGGCCGACUAUCUUGAAGAUUUCCAAGUUGUCUCACCCGACCAACUUCCCGACGGAACCAAGUUUGGUGUUUCCUUCACCACUUUGACCUUGAACGCCCCGAGCCACCUCUUGUAUCUCUACCAAAGACUCCAGCAUCAAUACGGCGUCACCUUCGUCCGACGAGAGAUUUCAAACAUCCAAGACCCUUUUACCAACCCCAACACAAAAAUUGUCUUCAACUGCGUUGGUAAUGCCGCAAAGACGCUUGCUGGAGUGGAGGAUCCCAAAUGUUACCCGACAAGGGGCGUAGUGUUGCUCGCGCGCGCGCCUCACGUGAGAACUAAUGUCAUGAGGCAUGGUCUAGACUACGAGACGUACAUUAUUCCACGUCCAGAGUCUAAUGGGAAUGUCAUCUUGGGAGGCUACAUGCAAAAGGGAAACUCUGAUAGCUCUACGUACUCGAGUGAGACAAAGUCCAUCAUAGAGCGGACAAGGGCCUUGAGCACGGAGCUUGCUGGUGACAAGGUAGAAGUCUUGGCAGCCUUCUCCGGCCUGAGACCCUCCCGUGACGGCAGCGCCAGGGUUGAACGCAGAGAUGUGAAUGUGGCGAGCGGACCGGGGGUCAUUGUGCACAACUAUGGUGCUGGAGGCACGGGGUUCCAGGCUGGCUAUGGCAUGGCCAUUGAUUCUGUGGCGUUGGUGGAUGAUAUUCUCCAGCGGUGGGAUAUAGAGACAUUGUCUUCCAAGCUGUAG